GGCGGGUGGGCGCCCGCGCGGCCCGAGGGGAGGGCUCGCUACGGGCUCUGGGCGCCGGGCGGCCGGGCGCCGGCCCCCGGGGGCGCCCGCGGGCUGCGGAGCUCCAACCCCUUCACCCGCAAGCAGGAGGAGGAAUGGCGGCGCCGGAACCGGUCGACGCUGGCUUACAUCGCCGCCGCCGCCGUGGGCAUGGUGGGCAUGUCCUACGCGGCUGUGCCGCUCUACCGCCUCUACUGCCAGACGACCGGGCUGGGCGGAACAACGAGCACAGAGCAUAGGUCGGAGCAGAUCGAGAGCAUGGAGCCGGUGAGAGACCGGGUCAUCAGGGUCACGUUCAACGCCGACGUGCAUUCCAGCAUCCAGUGGAACUUCAAGCCCCAGCAGAGCGAGAUCUAUGUGGUACCGGGAGAGACUGCCCUGGCAUUUUAUAAAGCAAAAAAUCCUACUGAUAAACCCAUCAUUGGAAUCUCUACCUACAAUGUGGUCCCCUUUGAAGCAGGACAGUAUUUCAAUAAGAUACAAUGUUUUUGUUUUGAAGAACAGCGGCUAAAUCCUCAGGAGGAAGUGGACAUGCCUGUCUUUUUCUACAUUGAUCCAGAGUUUGCAGAUGACCCUAAAAUGGCUAAAGUUGAUCUCAUCACCCUCUCUUACACCUUUUUUGAAGCAAAGGAAGGACAGAAGUUACCACUUCCUGGAUACCAGUGAUGGACAAAUUCUACUCGAGCACCAGCUUUGAAAACAUUUUUCCAUGGAAGAAAGAACUACAGGAGUACUGUGCAAUAUGAAAUGAUAUUAAAACACCAUGGACUGUUAAAACAACAUGCUGCUGUUAUGAAAAGAUGUAUUUGCAUUUAAAAAAAAUCCAAUUUAACAUGGUUGGGAAUAUUAUUUCUUUGGGAUAGUAUUUGUCAAUCAGGCAAGAGAAGGGAACACGCUGUUCCUGGAGGAGAGAAGGUUUUCUCAAGCCAUCUUUCUAAAAAGGUGAUACAUGUUAUCUGAAUACUGAGGCAAAUUUGUAAACCCAAGUGUAAACUGAGAUUGUCAUUCAGAGAAAUCUCCAAUUGCAUUGCUGGCUCUGAAGAAUAACUUCCAUGUGAUCAGUUAAUGAAAUCUCAAAACUGAACAAAGUUAGACUGUAUUGCCAUGUAACCCUCCCAGGGCACAGGAGGAUACGGUGAUUCAGAAGAUUAUGCACCCUCUUCACAUUAUUACUGAAUCAGUAGUUCACUUGGUAAGAGCAGACUGGUCUAAAACUGUUAUAAUUUGAAGGAGGAACAGUGAUUUAAAUGUAAGCACAGCAAAUCUGUGGUGUGGUUUCCAUUUAGAAAUGCCAUCUUCAAAUGUCAAUUCAGCUUAUGUAAAACAUCUGCAAUGCUCCUGACUGCUCCUUCCCUCUGCUGAGGGCUGUAGGCUGGGCACCUCUAGAGAGGCAGAGUAGGUAUGAAAUGCUUUGAAGGCAAAGGCAGUACAUGAACAGCUGCUUUUAAUUGUGGGGUAAAUUAGGGCUUUUGAGGAGACUCCUAAGCUACAAAGGAAAUCAACCCCUUGCAGAGGUUAUGUCCCACAAAGGCUGCCCAGCAGUGGAGCAGUUGUUCAGGGGUAUUCCGUGUACUGUCGGGACACGUAAGCCUGUAUUUAUGUAACUUUUGGUCAUUAUCUGUGGGUUGGGAUAAUUACACUUUUAUCACAGCUUUGCAAACUAGGAGGGAGUUGCACAGCAAGUUUGAAGUGACCUACUCAUUUUCAGUCAGGAAUUAAUCUCAGCCCAGUAUCUCAUCUGCUAGGCCAGUUCUUCCUACCCUUCUCAGCAGAUGAGAUAGAACAAAGUUAAGACUAGUGUUGGUUUGUUUGGACUAAAAAGAACAGGUAAAGUCACAGUUAACUGCCAGGUACAUGAGUCUCAAUUAUAUUUGCAUACACUCAUUUUAAAAGUGGGGUUUUUUUAAAAAUAAAUGCUACCUUAAAAAUGCAGUACUGUACCAAUUACAGGUGGUGUUGAAAUAGAUUCUGGGUGAUGUUCAUGUCAGGUCUUCCCAGUGUAUUUAUUAAAGUUUUAAAGCUUUUCA